AUGGGCAGAGAAAGGAUACAGAUACUUGACGGUGGGAUGGGGACGACCCUCGAAUCGUUGGGUCAUUCUGUAUCUUCCGACUUAUGGGGAUCAGAGUUACUCCAUACGAAUCCGAGUGCUAUGCAAGAUAUACACAAAGGAUAUGUCAAAGCUGGUGCGGAUUUGGUGGAAACUUGCACAUAUCAAUUGACACCUGCCAACUUACAAUCAUACCUCUCGUCUUCAUCAUCCACUACCAACUCUUCAGAAGAGCAUAAAGGACGAUCUUCUUCUUCUUCUAUAAUUCGUUCCUCCGUCAAUCUAGUACAUGACUCGUUCCACAAUGAACCAGGAGUGGUAUUUUCCUGUGGGCCAUACGGAUCAACGUUGAAACCUGGUGCAGAAUACUCAGGUAUAUACCCACCACCUUAUGGUCCUAACGAUCCUUUGGAUUCAGGAGGAACGAAGACAGACAAGGUUAACUAUUUUUCAAAUACGGAAGAAGGUAAAGCCCAAGAAGAGAAUGCUAUACAUCAUUUAACACAAUUCCAUUUAGAUAAAUUAAUCUGUCUUUUAGAUGAUGACGAAGGGAAGGUAUGGAAGAAGAUCGAUUGGAUCGCCUUUGAAACUAUACCUUUACUGUAUGAGAUCAAAGCUAUUCGAAGGUGUAUGAAAACUUUGAACGAAAUUGCUCGUAACAAGUAUACCCAUGGACAUGGCGAUGGAACCGAAAAACAAUGGUAUAAAAAGAAAUUCUGCAUAACUUGUCCAUUCCCCGAUGGUCAACAUCCACAACUUACCCCAGAAGGCAAAAACAUAUCGAUCGAUAACUUUUUACAUACACUGUUAGAUCCUCAUGAAGACGAGGAAAUACCAGAUGGGAUAGGCAUAAAUUGUACUAACCCUUUAUACGUCCCUCAACUAUCCUCGCAAUUCACCAAACACCUCAGAAAGAUUCGAAUGGCCAAACAGGAACAGCCUGUGUUUGUAUUGUAUCCUGAUGGAGGACAGGUAUAUGAUGUACACACUAAAACUUGGUCUGCCCCUUUAGACUCACCCGGAAAUGCUAUGGAAUGGUCAAAAGGCGUAUUGGAAGUUGUACGUGAGUUAGAAAAAGACAAGAACGAUGGUGGUCAAUACACGUGGGGAGGAGUGAUUGUUGGUGGAUGUUGUAAGACUUCCUUUGGGGAGAUAAAAGCUUUGAAAAUUGGUUUGGAUGAGUUGUACGGAUGA